GCUAGCGGAGACGGAGAGUGGUUAGUUGCCAAAAGCCAAAGGCCGAUGAGAUCGGGGCCGCGGGCGAGCGGGUGCUCAAUACUCACAACUCUGUGGACUUUGGUAGCAAGAAAUAAUGGUUGCUAGUUUAUGAGUGCGGCAAAUAAAACCUGACCAUGGAAUGGGAUGACGUGAUAUACAUUUCCCUACUUGGGUUUUCUAUAUUUUUCGGAAGGGUAUUUUCGCAGCUUCCUUGCGGUUCUUACCGAAGAUGGGUAGGAACGUGUGUUGGUCUUGCUAUGGUUGUCACAGUUUCUGGCUACCACUCGCUUCAUCCUCUGUUUUCUACUGCUGCAAAUCUGCUUAUCAUAAAAUAUGCUGAUAAAGCAUGGUGCCACAUCUACAGCCUGGUGUUCUGUUUUGGAUACCUCUUCUUGUUCCGGCUUGGGAGCUACUUUGGACUUCCAUCUCCUCCUGGCCACACAAAUGCUAUACAAAUGAUGAUCACUCUUAAGUUGGUUGGUGUGUGCUUUGAGGUUCAUGACUCUUGGCAGUUAGACAGAGACUUGAAAAUCUCAGAAGAAAACCUGAAGGCAACUGAAGCUGACAAGACCAAGACCAUAUCUGGUAAUAAUGAAGAUCUUCCAGCAAAAGAAUCAGAUUCUGGAGAAUCAACUGUGAGGAGAAGAGUAACAGAGGCUGAGGAGGUACCAGGCAAACCUUGUAAGUCUGCCAGUGAAGAACACGAGGAGCUUCUCCUACGCAAGAAGUACGAGGCCAUCAGCCCUUCUGUGUUGGACGUGUUCCAUUACUCUUUCUUCUACUGCGGUAUCCUGACAGGGCCGUACUACAAGUACAGCGUGUACCGUGACCUGAUGGAGGGCAGGAGUGGAGGCCCCCACUUACAGCCCCUGUGGUGGUGCCUGCAGCGGCUGCAACCUCUCCCUCUCUACGCUGCACUCUUCUUCAUAGUCGGACACUUCUUCCCUCUCAAGUUUGCAGAAGGCCCUGAGAUCUUCAGCGAGUACAGCCUGGGCUACCGUGUGCUGUACAUGACGCCCGUAUUCUUCGUGUUCCGUAUGAGGCUGUACGCAGGCUUUGUGCUCAGUGAAUGUGUGUGCAUCACCGCGGGGCUUGGGGCCUACCCCCAGCGAGGUCUUCCUAGGCCUGGCAAGGGCCCCACCGACCUCAAGGCACUUGAUAGCAACAGCAAGGAGGAAUGUACUAACGAGAUGUACAGCUACGAGACUGUACACAACAUAGACGAGUACGGCUCGGACUUCAGCCCGACUGUGCGGGCGGGUAUGCGGUGCUGGAACAUGACUGUGCAGUGGUGGCUGGCGACCAACGUCUACAGGAGGAUGAAGGCUCCUAAGCCUGUCAAGGAGGCGGUGACGAUGCUGACAUCAGCAUUCUGGCACGGCAUGCACUCAGGCUACUACCUCUCCAUGCUGACGGUGCCGUUCAUCCUCAUGGUCGAGGACUACUACGCCCGCGUCGUCAGGAGGAGGCUCGGGCAAACGGGUGCGGCGGUGUACGACUGGUUCACAUGGUUCCUGAAGAUGCAGUGGUUCGCGUACAUGGGCAUGGCAUUCCUCCUGCUGCGGGUGGAGCCCACGCUGCAGUACUGGAGCUCCAUCGGGUACCUUGGCCACGGCCUCAUCCUCGUGCUGCACGCCUUCGCGCAGUUCAUCAACUUGGUCCUGGGAAAAGCGCAAGACAAGCUGAAGAAGGCGCGUAAGACGGCGUACGGCAGCGAGACGCGACUGAGUGUGAAACGCGUCAAUGAACCGCAGCCGCAGGAGGACCUUAAGAAAAUCCUGUGAAAAAAUACUUUAAUGCAGAAAAUCCUAUGAAAAAUCCUUUAUUGAAGAAAAUCCUAUGAAAAAAUCCUUUAAUGGAGAAAAUCCUCAGAAGAAAUCCUCUGAAGGAAAUUUAAACAACGUUGUUUGCAAACAUGCAUCUAGUUGCCAAAACUAGGAAGUUGCGGUCCCUGUGCUAACUGGUAGUAGAUUUAUGAAUUUAGCGGGGUGAUGGAGGCGUGGUUGAAAAGUUAUAUAAAAGUAAGCAUGGAGAAACUUUUAGCAUGUGUGAAAAUGGUAACAUAAAAUGUAGCUUCACUUUUGGAGAGCAAAAGUGAAAAGUCUUAGUGCUUUCUAAGUAUUGCUUAUUCUUAAACAGUACUAUGAGUGAAGUUCAUGAGAGUUUAUGCAAAAUUGCAGGCAACGUUUAUUGAAGAAUAACUGAGGCAAAUGUAUGGCAUUGACUCCGGUGGAGUAUUGCAGGGUGACUAUAGCGGUGAUGUUGUAUGGCAUUGAAUUAGGUGAAAUUACGCAGAGUAAGUCAUAGUGGUAAUGGUAAAUUAUAUAUUCAGUGAACUCAUACUUAAUGCUGAACUCAGUGGACGUUGUACUUCUGAACUCAUUGAAAUGUUUUAAUUUAGAGUUUCUAAUAUAACUUACAUGAUCUCGGUUCGUUGUUGGUUGUGCUGACGUGUUUGAUCGUUGCUGGUGAACAUUGCUAUGUUUGUUGCUGCCUCAUUUAAUACUUCCUCUUCAAAUGGGCUAAUGGAAACGUUCCCAAAUUUAAAAUAAUGCUAGUUGUCUCAGCAUUGCUAAGCCAUUAGACCUGUUGCUGAUUCUUGUCCAAGCAAAAUUUUCACAGCUUGUUGCGGGUCGCGAACACGCAACACACUGCUCUAAUUUUGCUGUGCUUUACCGCCUGGCCACCUCGCUGAUUUCGCCGUGCCUUUAUGCUUUCUUCAAUUGAAUAUCAUAUUGUUGUUAUUCGCGCUAAAUCUGAGAGACUCCGUCUCUCCCUCCCAGCGACUCUCGGGGGUUUGAGUUUAAUGCACAAAAAGUUCUUUCGGGAAGCUCAGUCAUUAUUCCAAUUCUGGUUGAUGAACGAGUACAUUGCUUGUCCAGGGUGUUAUGUAACGAUGGUUCUGACGGGUCAGCAGGCUAGUAGAACUACCUGCGGGUCUAAUUGUACCGAAAAUCUUGACCUAACACCCCAUCCCUAGUCGCCGCUACCAGAAUGGGCAAUUACAACAACAGUCCCGUAUGGGAACAUCGUAUGGAAUAUAGCGUCCAUUUACUGUCAUGCAAUUGGAGGUCUAAUGACAUGGAUGCUCGUGUAUAUUUUGGUCAGUUUUUGUGUUAAUUUUGCUUUUGUUUUCCUUGUGGCUUCAUCGCUGCUGCCGGAGCCACUCUUGUCACUACCGCCGCAUUUUGAUCGUUAAUGGAAGCCUUCGCUCCACCUACCUUUGUGUUUGCGAGUCUAAAUUUUAUUUAAGCUGGUAAAUUAUUAUCUAAUUAAAUAAAGAUUAUUAUUGAUAUGUUUGAGGUUACAGAUUUUAAGCCGUCUGUCCUGCCAUUAAGAUUACCUCUUGAUGCUUGUUCACCUGCGAUUCAGCGGAUCUUAUCAUAUUGAAUCUAGGCCUAUUCUUCAAUGCCGAAGAUACUAUACUAUACUCAUGUUAUUGUAUUGUUUCGUGUCGGUUAACCGUUAAGUUCGGCACGACCCAACACGGUUGCCUGAUGGCCUAAAAACGGCAAAGUCCGCGGACAAAAAAGGCCUAUUAUUCAAUA